GGCACCCAUCGUCAUAGAUACGAUUCAUAGCUUCUGCCACUACUUGUGCGCGAAGAGCCAAGAAAUGCGUCAGGGGUUGUGAAGGGAAGGAGUGCCGAUGGCCGGUGGCCACCCGGCGCCGCUGCGGCCGGUGGUGGUUGCGAUGAAAGGCCACCCAGGGUCUGGCAAGUCCACGGCGGCGCGCGCCAUCGCGACCGCGCUUUGCUGUCCGCUCCUGGACAAGGACGAUGUGAGGGACUGCAUGUUGCCCCUAGAGGGCUUGGCUGCUGCUGGGAUGCUCAACGACCUCUCCUACGCCGUGCUGUGGCGGAUGGCUGAGCGCCAGGUAAGGCUCGGACUGUCUGUCGUCAUCGAUUCACCGCUGUCACGCCGCUCUCACCUCGACAUGCUGACACGCCUAGCCGGUGUGCUUGUGGUCGUCGUGGAGUGUCGCCCUGGUGAUAACGAGGAAUGGCGCCGGAGGCUGGAGAGCCGUGGGUCGGCUGUUGCCAAUGGUGGCGGUGGUGAUGGAUGGCAUAAGCCAAAGACAUGGGCUGAGCUGGAGAGGCUUCUGGAAGGGUACCAAGGUUGCACAGACUAUGAAAUUGGGGAUGUACCGAGGAUUGUAGUGGAUACAACUGAUCCGACAGUUGAUGCACAGGUGGCAGCUGAAAAGGUUGUGGUUUUCAUUAGAUCCCAUCUUGCUUGUAGCCAACCAUCUUGUGGGAGACAGGAUUCACCUGUUUGCCAUUAGAAACCAAAAUGUACACUAGCUUAAGCAUUAGGUAAAGUUUCGUUGCAAAAGGUUGAUCUGUUGUACUGCAAUGCUCAAAGUUCUUUUUUUU